AGAUAUUCCCCUUCCUGCAUAAGACCACGCCCCUUGACUGGAAUCCUAGAAGGCAAACUCGCUGAAUGACAUUUUGUGCAUUUGUCAGAUUUAUUUGAUCUGUGACAAUGCCUUUUUCAGUCGAAACUCUAGUGCAAGAUAAAUGGCUUUCCAACCAGGUUGUCUCCAUUUGUAGCCCAUAGAUUUUAGAGCGGAGCGGUUUCUACUUCAGAAACGACCAGGCUAUGUGACGCACAAGGAAACGUGAAUAAACUAACGUUAGUUUCUAAAAAUGGAUAAUGCUCUGCAGGGGAGCAAGUCAGAUUUUACCAAGUCAGAUGAUGGCUCCACUUCACUCACAACAUCAGACUCACAGCGCCAGAAAACACCAGAGUAUGUUUUCCCACGUAUUUUCGGGUCAAGCAAUAUCUUCAGAAUAACAGGAACAAAACCUGACCGACCUGACCUGCGUGGUGACCUCAUAAUAAAAAACAAGGUCAAAUCACUCUAUGACUCAGGGUUAGAAGCCAUGUCAAAGUCACUGUUUGAAACUGCAGUAAAUUGUUUCAACAAAGCCAUCAGUCUACAGCCAAACCAGAUUUGUUUGUAUAUGGACAUGGGAGAGGCCUAUCUCCAACUAUGUGAUUUCCAGUCAGCUAUCCAUACUUACAGGCAAGCUUACUAUCUAGACCCAGAGGACAAGAGUAUCGCUCACCGUCUUGCAUUCAUCUACUACCUACAGGGCCAGUGUCUCUAUGACAAUGGGAUGUUUGUAAAAGCGCUUGAGUCUUUCUCCAAAGCGGCUGAAAUGAAACCGAAUUUUAGGUCCUAUCAGUUUAGGAGCUUGGCAUGUCUGACCGCACUAGGACGAUACAGUGACAGUCUAAAGCUGGUCAGUAAGUGGCUGGAGGUGGAUGAGCCAACAGCAGAUCUCUUUGUUCUUAAAGCCCGUCUACAUCAGCAACUCAACCAGGUGUCGCUCUGCUACCACAGCCUGAAGUCAGCCCUCCAGCUGAACUCCACUUGUCCAGAGGCACGAGGGCUCAUGCAGCAGCUAAAGGAGUCUGGACAGUUGGUGCGGCAGCAUGCCGUGAAUAAGGCAUUGGAGGGGGACCUGCAAGACGCCCUGGUGAGGAUCAAUAACGCCAUACAGUACAGUCCAGAGGAAGCGUCAUACUACCUGUUCAGAGGGACCCUGCAACGCCGACUGAAAGACUUCACUGCUGCCAUAGAGGACCUUGUGCUGGCCAUCGAGCUGAGCGAGUCGGUGCGAGCGGACGCGCUGGGCGAGAGGCAGGAAGGAAGCGAGGAGCUGCGGGACGAGGCGCACGCCCAGCUCGUGCUGACCUACAAUGACUUUGCUGUGCACUGCUUCUCCCGCGGCUUCUACCAGGAGGCGGCCAUGCUGCUCAGUAGGGCCAUCGAGGACCAGAGGGAGGAGAGCGGCCUCUUCAUCAACAGAGGAGACUGCUUCUUUAAGCAGGGGGACUUGACUUUCGCUCUGGCCGACUACCAGCAGGCUGAGGAGCUGGACCCAUAUAAUGAAGCCAUUUGGGCUCGGCUGGCAGUCGUGCACAACACCUUCGGCCUCCAGCGCCAGAAGGACAGAAAGUAUCAGGAGGCGGCUAAGCAGUUCUCAUUAGCCGUUAAGUACAACCCAGGAGUCAGCCAGUACUACGAGAACCGUGCUAAAGCACAUUACAAAGGGCAGAAACUGGACCUGGCCAAGGACGAUGCUGUCUGUACCCGAAUCCUGGACCCCAAUAAUCAACAGGUGGAGCCUCUUCUUCUGAGUCUGUUCCCAGGAUGCUCUUUGUCCAACAUCCUGUCCAGUGAGAUGGCCCAGGCACUCCGCUCUCAGCUCACAGACAGCAUUAAUGCCUGUAAACAAGCAGUAACUCCUGUGUCAAGACUGACCGAUGAACUUGUCCAGUUGAAGGUUUUGGAUGAAACAGAUAACCAGUCAGAGGAGACUGUCAAUGACUCUGUAAAUGAAGAUAGUUCAGAUGCCUAGAGACUAUGACGAGUAGAUACACAUUACGGCGUAACAUUACAGAGCAACCAGACAGCUAAAUCCCUGAACACACACAUUAACUCUGAACACUACACACUGAUGCACCUUUGGAUUUGGUUUUCUUAGAUUCAGUGUUUGGACAUUAAAUACGUCUUUAUGGAAACCUGUAUUUCCUUA